UCUCACUCUCGUUAAAUCCAAGAUGGCGGCAAGGAAAGCUUCUGUGCUUCUGAAUUGCCUAUCAUGCUCGAGGCAAAAUAAUAAGUUUCUUGGAGCUAUUACGAGGCAUUUAAUUUUUUCAAGAGCUGCAAUAUUUAAACCAUCAUUGAGAAUACAAAGUUGCUCUGUGGUGGCAAGGAGUCUGAGCUCAGCAGUUUCAACAUUAAGUAUUUCACAUGCAGAUGAAAAGGAUGAAGUGACUAAAGCUGCAGAUUCUAACUUGAAUGAAUCUAUGUCUGACAAUAAAGUAGAUGAUGUAGCAGAAGUGCAUUCUUCACUUGCUACACUAGACAUUUUAGACAAAGAUGAAAAGUUGGAAAUUCCAAGAGCAGCAGAUUCUCACAUAACGACAUCAGUAUUUGACAAUGAUGUAGUCAAUAAAUUUGUAAACUGCAUGAUGUGGGAUGGCAAGAAGUCUCUGUCACAGAAAAUUUUUAAGAUGGCAAUGGAGGAAAUUAAAAAGGAUCAACUUCAGAAGCAAAGGCAGUCAUCUACACCUGACUUAAUAGAGACAGAUCCACUACAGAUUUUCCUUGCUGCAGUUGAGAAUUCCAAACCAGUCAUAGGGGUCCGUGGCACUAAGAAAGGAGGUAAAGUUUACCAGGUCCCUACGCCUCUUACCCCUCAGCGUCGUCGGUUCCUUGCCAUGAAAUGGCUGAUCACUGCAGCUCGUGAGCAGCAGAAGAACAAAAACAAAAAUGCCCGGAUGUACAAGAAGCUAGCCAAAGAGUUAAUUGAUGCUUAUAACAAUGAGGGUACCGUUAUAAAAAAGAAGCAGGAACUUCACAAAAGAGCGGAAGACAACAGAGCAUACGCGCAUUUUCGCUGGUGGUAGGCAACUGUGAGUUCCCUUACCAGUCUCACAAGGGAUUGCGAAAAGGAAAGGAAUCCUCUUCUUGGAAUGUCCAAUAAUCUUUAAAGCCAUCCCUUUUCCAAGUCCAAUUCGCCGCUCUGUCAUCCGUUAUUUCAAGCGCUUGGAUCACAUCUUGCACGAUCUGCAUUUGGUUGAGAAUUUCCAUAUAAGAUGGUCAUACAAUGUGUAAAGUAAGGGCAAAACACACACAGGGAAGAGGGAAAACCAAAGGGAAGAGUAAUGACGGAGUAACUCUUUACUGUUAAACAUUUCUUAUUCUAAUUCUGAUAGCACAUUACAUGACGCAUCUAUAAUUCAGCAACCGAGGAUCAUUCUGGGCCAAUAAUCACAAGCCCUUGCAAAGGCUCGCGGGUGAGGUAUAGGUCCAAAACAAUCUCCGGCUGGCGCAAGGAAAGCAAAAUCUGCUGACGAGGAUCUCUGAGGGAAGCUUCUGGGAGAACGAGUUCGGCUUGUAUGGCUAUCGACCAAGGCCUCAAUUUCCGUGGCCUGUUCCUAGUAUUCGUUUGGUUCGGAACGAAGGAAAACGCGAGAGGGGACUAAGCCGAUAAUCGUUUUUCCCUUCGUACGCACCCAAUCAUUUGAGAUCCUGAUCUAGGCUAUGAUUUGCGGCGCUCUCUCGAGUGACUGGAAACUUGAGGCUACCUAGUACUUCUAAAGGGGACCUGGUUUUAGAAGUGAUCCUCAUACAUACAUACAUAGACAGUUGGUGCCAGAAUAAAGUCAGAGGUAGUCGUUGGAUAUGACUGAAUGCCCAUGCUGUUUUGUCUGAUUUUCUCAGAUGUUCGUUGCAGAAAAGGGACUGUUAAUUUGACAAUAGGGUCAGCUGAUAAGGAAAUCAGACAACAAAGCUCUUUUUUUCCUUCGAUUUUUUUAAUGUGUUUGCCAUUUUUGUUAGAAGUAUAGAGCUCCUCUGGGUCAAAAAAA